AUGUCUGCUCGCACUCAGGACCCGGACCUGGAGGAUGGCUCGACUACGGCGCAACAGACGCAAGAGCGCGACGAUGUUGGACAUCAGAAGCCUUUUGCGGCAGACUCGUCGCUUCUCGCCCCUGGACCGCACGCAGAAGCUGCAUCAAACGAACAGAGCCCAACAAGCUUGCUUCCGCCUCCCUCCCCGGCACCGGACUCGUCGGUCGGAAGUCCUCUCAGCAGUACGCAUCACGACAGUCCCGCCCCCACAUCGACCUUAUGGACGCAGUCAACCGCCGAUUCAGAACCUUUCCGCCAAACAACGGCAUCGAUGGAGCGCGAUGAACUGCUCUCCGUCCUCGAGGCGCUACACAGAUGCGCGCCGGACGAUCUGCAGACCAAGCUACAUCUCGGCGGCCACCUCCAUCGCAUGCUCGUUGAGGGCACUUCUCAUUCAGCGCCACCAAGAGCUCACAGCUAUCGCGACGACUUCCGCCAAGCCGGUGGCUUCCUCGUUGUCAUCCAGCUCAUCUCAACGCUCGAUGGAAACAAGGCCGAAGAGGGCCAGGCAGAGCUGCAGGUGGAGAUCUUCAAGCUCGCGCUUGCGAUCCUAGCCGCCUCGCUCGUUCAGCAUCCCGUCAACCUCAAGGCGUUCGAGACCACGGUCGGGUGGAAGGGCUUACAGGAUGCAAUUGGCAUUGCCGCAAACGCAGUCGUGCCGCCAGAUCAUGUCUAUGGCUCGUUGUUGGGUCUGGCCGUCGCAGACGUGGCUACGUUCGCAGGCAGAAUUGUCUCAACGCGGAGAUUCCUCGGCGAUCACGAUCCGAAGCAAGGAGAGGCUAUCACUCUGACCGCAGAGGAGGCCAGAACGACUCUGCUCAUGAACAGAGUCAAGGACCAGUGGACACCGGUACCAAACGUGGUUUUUCCUCAGACUAUUCGCAUUCUCGUCCAGCUUCUGCUCGGUCACGCCGGUCGCAAGGACGGGCAAGCUCGGCUCGGCUUGGAUGACGAAGGAACGUCCAUCGUUCUUCACACGCUACGCAGGUUGGUUGCCACGAGCCGCAGGAACCAGACGGCCCUCGCAAACUUUGGCCUCUCGGCACUACUGCUCGAUGCCACAUUGCCCACCAGUGUCGACGAUGAUACAGCCGCCCUCAUCGAGACUCACCGCGAUCUGGUAGCUCAAAUUUUGCAACAUCUGUACGCUGCCGCUGGAAUCCCCGACAAGGACGGCCGCAAGCUGCUCAUCUACCUCUGCACGCCCACUCCGCAGCUCCAAGAUUCGGAUGCAAGCGGCCAAGACGAUCGUCAUCGCGUACUGGACCUGUUGAACGAGGUCGCCAGCACCUCGCAAGAGCCCAACAUGGUGCUGUUCAGCAUGGCCGAACACGGACAUGCCUCGCUCGCCUUUUCCAGCCUCCCGCGUCCGUUUCCACCGUCACCAUCUACCUCGAGUGGUUUCACCUUCAUCACCACCUUCUCAAUCGAACGAUUCGAGCCGAGUCUCCCUAUCGACCUGCUCACGCUGUACGAUGCCCACCGCUCAUUUCACGUUCAGCUCGCCAUCGAGCCGGGUACAGGCCUUUUCAGCUACACGACCUCGGCCGCCUCAUCCGUCCCGCCGACCAGAUUCAACAGCUUCGCCUUCGCCACUGGCCGGCGGUACCAUCUCGUCUUCGUCCAUGCAAGUCCGCGAGGCGGCGCGCACAUGUCGCCAGCCAGGUUGUUUGUUGACGGCGAGCUCGUUGAAGAGAAGCUCGCGCCCUGGGCAGAGCCUGGUCGCAACGCGGCGUUCAGCGGCAAGGCGGCGGGAGGAGGCGCUGGCCAUGUUGCCAAUCCCGUACGCGCCGUACUGGGCUCGCCGCCGCAUUCUGGCUUCGAAGCGCAUCCGAAUGCAGCGCAAGCAUCACGCAGCCGUACCAACAGGCUCGUCUGGUCGCUCGGACCGACAAUGCUGCUAGAUGACGCCAUACCGAACGAUUUGCCGUUGGUUUUCUACGAGCUUGGUCCACGAUACACGGGCAACGCACAGGACUCGCUUGGUCGCUUCCUCACCUACAGUGCCAGCGCCAACAUCAAUCUACGACUCGACCAGGCCGCUCGCCGGCCCUCGGCAUCAGCUGCGUCGAAUGGUGCAGCCAGCACAGUGGCGCUAUCAGAGAAGGAGCUGUCGAACUUGCCGCUUGUCACCGCCAUCGCAGGCAGGGCGAGCGAUCUGAUCGCCGAGGAGCGGUUGUACUUUGUCAUCAAUGCAGCCAACACGGCGACAUUCGACCGCUGGAGUGCAGGUGCUGGCCGCGCUGCGGCUGCUGCGAACAGCCAGUCGGAUCCCUCGAAGCGAUCCGGCUCGCGCGUGGUGCUCAACCAGGCGGUGCCGCUUAAUCGAGAGGCCAUCGGUGCCUCGUUUGGACUGGCCAAGAUGUAUGGCGAGCCCGCAUUGCUCGUACCGCGUCCGCUCGACGAGGUGAUUUGGAAGCUCGGCGGCUGCGCUGUCCUCCUCAAGCUCAUUGCCGAUGCCGACUCGACCGCGACGCUCGCCAAGACGCUCAAUCUCUUCCUCGAGCUGAUCUCGCGCUCGUGGCGCCUGAGUGAGGACGUGGAGCGCUGCCAAGGCUACGAAGUGCUUGGGUUGCUGCUCGGCGAAAAGAGCCACCUCUUCAACGCCGAGAUCGUCUCGACACUCUUCAUCGCGAUGGGGAUCGAGAUGUCGGAUGCGGAGACGAAGGAUAACUCGCUGUUGGUCAACCCGUUCCUCUAUCGGAUCAUCAUGCUCGACUUUGAGCUCUGGUCGCGCACAGAAGAAGAGCUUCGCAUCAUGCAUCUGGAGCAUUUUGCCCUUUUGCUGCGUACAUCGCGCCACAGGAGGUUCAAUGCCAAGCGCAUCGCCAAGAUGCAGAUCGUGAAAAAGUUCAUCCACGCCAUCCGAUCUGGCAUGUACGAAGGGCAGUCGACUACGCUUGUGGUCGACGCGCUACGAGCCGUGCUCUCGCUCUCCUUCACCGAAGCGUCGGUGCGCAUCGUGACGUCCUACCUUGCAGCGCAGCUGUGCCGGACGACGGAACCUCAAUACCAGGCUAAAGUCGAAAUCGCGACGACGUCACAAGUCCGGCCGAAGCCGAAGCGGGCAGCAACCACCGAUGCAAGCGAAGCAGGAAUCUCUGGCAUCAGUGGUCCUGUAGCAUUGCCCUCCUCGUCUCCGAUGCGGGUGCCUGAAGCAUCACAUUCCAAGACACCAGACGACGUUGGGCAGGCACUUGCCAUCUUCGAGCUACUUUCGCAGAUGCUGGCGGAGCGGCGUAGCCACCUCUUUCGCUUUGCCGAUGUGGUCAACGUAAAAUGGCUGCUGCUCUUCAUUCACCCGCGCGCCGAGACGAAGGCGGCCGAGCUGGCGCUGCAGAUCCUCACGCGACUCUUGCUGCAUCCGGAGCUGGAGUACGCGCAGCGCUUGAGUACGUCAGGCGGCUUCAAGGUGCUGGAGCGUCUCCUGCCCCGAUUCUGGUCUGCCUCUUCCGUCCUGCCGCUUCUUUGGUCUGCGCUUUUCGGUGUUGAGGCGCCCUCGCCUGUGCCAAAGCUAUCUACGCUGGUGCCUCUGCCGACACGCGGAGCGUCCAAACCAAUCGCGUGCGCGCCAGUCUUGCGCGCGAUUCUCUCGUGUCUCAAAGAGGGGAUGCGCACAACAGCGGCCAGGAAGAGCGGAUUGCCCGGCCGCUUGCGGCUCAUUCGUUCGAGGCCUUCGGAAGCGCUCGAGGCGGAAACUACGGAGCUUUCUUCGCAUCACAUCGUCGCGGCUGGAGCGUCGCAUCGCCGAACGCAUACGCGCCAGCGCAGCCGUUCGAUGAACGUCGACCUCAAAGCUCUUGAGCAAGCGGCGCAAACGACCAACGAGGUCACCGUGCUCAUUGAAACAAUCGAGCUCUUGCAGGCGUAUGGUCGGCACUCUCCGGAGCUCAGAGAGCUGAUCUUCUCGCCCAUCAUCCUCCGUGGUUUGGUGGACUGCAUCUUUCCUUACGUCAGGAGUAACAACCUGACAGCUGACGCGGACCAGAGCUUUGGACCCAAAACCCUGGCCGCAGAGGACAAAGGCAGUGCAGGGACUCGGUCACGGAUGGGAGGUCUCGAUGCCACGACUGCCGACGUGGUCGAGAUGGCGGACGCGUUGCUCGUUCUCGUAGCACAGCUGGCGGCCGACUCACUGCUAUCGACGGGCUCCGUUGCCAUCCUCUCGGCGAUCGACCAGGCGCUGCCGCCCACCGAUCUCGCGCAGCAGACCGUGUUCCGUUGUGCACUGCUGGCCGAAACGACCCGCAAGAUCCGGCUUGUGAUUGCGAGCCAGCCUCGCCAGGCACUGGCCUCGGCUGAGACCAUCGCCCUGUUCAUCGAGACAGCCUCAGACGAGAUCCUGUCCGGUCAAGCUGAACUGGAAGAGCAGCUCUUACAGGCAGCACUGGCCCUGCUCCGCGUUCUCCCGCUUUCGGAAGAUGGGACUGGCGCAAAGAUGGAUACGCGGGCCGCAGCCACGCUCUACAUGAGCCUCAAUCGCAUCAUCCUGCUGCGAAUUGCAGCCUGCCAAUCCGAUGCAAAGACUUUGGAUGGAAUCCUGCAGAACCACGAGGUAGUUUUGCAUCCCGCGAACCAGGACUCAACCUUCUUCGAGUGUCUGGUCAAUCACCUUCUGCACGUCUUGCGCGUGGCGCCGGGCUCUGACGACGCUCAGGAGCCUUACAUCAAGGCGUUCACCUUCUUCAAUCUCGUGGCCUUGGCGAGACCUGCGGCAGUAGAGGGCGCACCGCUCGCAGCUUUCAACGAAUCUCAGCAAAGGAGCGCCAUCGACAACGACGGCACCGAGGAUGCCGCUCCACCAAGUCCGCUUCCCUACGAGGCAGCUUGGAACAGCUUUUCGAAAAGUCGAGAAACGCUGCGGGCGGCAGCACACAUGGAGAGGCUUCAGCAGCUGCACGAUUCCCUCCGCCGCGUCGACAACCGAGAGCAGCUGGUGACGAGCACCGAAAAUCGCAUGGUCGCCUGGCACUCUAGCCUCGUCGAGGCGGAAAACGUGCGUAAAGCCAAGUUCGUCAAUGAUCUUCGCGAGAUGCAGACGUUUGCCGGUAUGCAGUGGCGCGAGCUGCAGUUCAGUCUCACGAGAGAGCGGGCGCUGCUGGAUGCAGGCAGUAGUCAGAGUGCAAAGCCGAUCUGGCGACUCGAUCCAACCGAGGGCCCCGAUCGGAUCCGACUCAAGCUUCAACGAAUCGAUCCAGGGAUGCUUCGGAACACCGACAUGGCGCCCCAGAUGAGCGAGGCGACCCUCGAGCCGGCAAUGGCUUCAUCACCCGGAGAUGCCGCGAAUGGGGAGUCGUGGCACGGUGCAGAGGCGUCGAUGGACGACGCUCUCGUCGUUCCGCCCGCAUCAGAGGCGUCGACUCGUGCAGCAGAGGCUCAAGCACCCGAUGCGGCCUUGGAGCUGCCUGAUGUUGCCAAUUCGAGCGCUGCCGAUGCCUUGGGCGAGUCGUUCCACGAGGACAAGUACCGGCGAGUCCUGCGUUCCCUCGAGCGCGGCGACGUGAUUGAAGCCGUCUUUAACACCUCGCGCGUUGUCGGCAUAGAGUCGCGAGGCUGCCUGCUCAUCCUCGGCAAGCUUUGCGUGUACCUGAUGGAUGACUAUUUCCAACGCCCGAACGGAGAGCUCAUCAACGUUUGGGAAGCACCCGCCGAGGAGCGCGACACGCUCGUCAUGGCGACGCUGGCCGGCGAUGCAUCCAAACCGUCGGACCUCAUCCGCGACCUCGAAGGUGAGGCUCAGACGCGCAAGUGGGCGUGGACUUCGGUGCAGAUCUGCCAUCGCCGCUCGUGGCUUCACCGGCGAACUGCGGUGGAAAUCUUCUUUGAAGACGGACAGAGCUGCCUGGUGGUGUGUCCGGAAACAGCCACUGCGCAGAAGAUGCAUCGGGAGCUGCAGAUCCGCGCUCCGUCCGCAGUGUCAUCGGCAGAGGCCAUGCGCGAAGCGAUCCGUGAAAGAGUGACAGUAGGCGUCUCGUCGUCUUCGUCCUCGGCUGCGUCCGCGUCUGGCUUCGGAUCCAGGCUGGCGGGCGCAGUGCUGGGACGCUCUUCAAGCUGGGGCGCCAUGACCACGGCGUGGCGAGAGGGCCGGCUGAGCAACUUUGCCUACCUGAUGGCGCUCAACACGCUUGCUGGGCGCUCGAUGAACGACCUCACCCAGUUCCCGUGCUUCCCUUGGGUGCUGGCCGACUAUACCAGCGAGGAGCUGGAUCUGACUGACCCGGCAACCUUCCGAAAGCUCGAGCUGCCCAUGGGAGCCCAAACGCCCAUUCGACGCAAAGAGUUUGAGGAUCGUUACGUGCAGCUUCAGGAAGUCGAUAUGGACCCGUUCCAUUACGGCACGCACUACUCUACAGCGUCGACGGUGUGCGGCUUCUUGAUCCGCACGCGGCCCUUCGAGCGCCUGCUGAUGGCAUUGCAAGGCGGCAACUUCGACCUUGCCGAUCGUACGUUCGGUUCGGUGGGCAAAGCGUGGAUGUCGGCCUCCGAAUUGUCGCGAGGCGACGUGCGCGAGCUGCUGCCGGAAUUCUUCUACCUGCCCGAGUUCCUCAGCAACACGAACCGGUUCGAUUUUGGCAUCACGCAGGCGGGUGAGGUGAUCGACGACGUCGAGCUGCCUCCGUGGGCCAAGCAGGAUCCGCGGUUGUUUGUGCUCAAGCAUCGCGAGGCGCUCGAGUCCGAAUACGUGUCGCAGCGCCUGCAUCACUGGAUCGACUUGAUCUUUGGCUAUCGAUCGAGGGGUCAGGAAGCUGUUGAGAGCACCAAUGUAUUCCAUCCGCUCAGCUACGAGGAUGCGGUCGACCUGGACGCGAUCGAAUCGGCCAUGGAGCGGCAAGCGGCGGCGCAGGUGAUCCACAAUUUCGGACAAACACCAUCGAAGCUCUUCCAUCAUCCGCAUCCGCAGCGCAAGCGCCGGCUGCAUCCGACGUUACCGGCGAGCGACCGAUUCGGGCUGCUGGAGCACCCACGUCUGGUGGUCCAAGGCAUCGCGCCCGUACGGACGCUCAAGAAUGCGGUGCACUUUAUCUAUCCGCUCCAUCCGGAGCGAGCGUUUGCCUCGCCCAGGGACUACCUCAUCCUGCCCAAGCUGGGCGUCUCGCUCUCGACGGACCACUUGGACGGCAGUCUGCGCAUGUACAGCUCACGCGACGCCAGGCGUCCGCUGGCCGCGGUGGAGCAGAUGGUUCCGGACCGGAUCACGUGCAUCGCCCAGGCGCGGGCCAGGUCGAUCGUAGUUGGAAGCUCUGACGGCAUGGUCAGCAUCUGGGAGCUCGAUGGCGCCAAGCGCGAAGUGACGCUGUCGCGGCUGCUGCGAGGGCACGACGACGCGGUGCUGUGCGUGGCAGCCUCCGCGUCUUGGAGCGUCGUGCUGACUGGCUCCAAGGACGGCACGGCGAUCGUUUGGGACCUCAAUCGAGGCGCAUACGUGCGGACGCUGCGCGGGCAUGAUUCGAGCGUGCAUCUGGUGGCGAUCGACGAAAAGACGUGCCAUCUGGCGACGGCGUGCGGUCCGGAGGUGCGGCUGUGGUCGGUGAACGGCGAGCUGCUGGCAUGUCUGGCGACGAGCGCCAACCUGUCCGAGCCGAUCUCGAGCCUGAGCUUCCUGGAGCGAGACUACCACGUCGGACGUCUGGCGGUGCUGCUGACGGGUCACCGUGGCAGGGUGAUUGCCUGGGAGGCGGUCUCGGUGCAUGCUUCCGCCGCUGCUGCCGAAUUGUCUGCCGGGUCCAAGCGAUCUGUUUCCGGUGCAGGCCAAUCGCUCCGGUCGAGGCAACAACGCCGCAUGGUGUCGGAAGGCAGUACGCACAGCGCGCACCACGGCCCUGCCUCACCAUCGUCCGCCGAGCUGGUGUGGCGACUGGCCGCGCUGCACAUCUUUGACCACCACGAUCGACUCGGAGGCACAGAGGUUGGCGGGGAAGCGGCCGGUGCAGCUAGGGCAGGAAGCAGCGGAGCGACGCGCAGUCGGCCGCCGCUCGUCACUGCCAUCGCCACGACGCCGCGGAUGGUGCUGACGGGCGACGAGCACGGCCGGCUGUACCAGUGGACGCUGAUGGGCGAAGGCGUGCCGGUGCCGGACUCUGUGGCGUCGCACUGCAUGAACGCGAGCUGCCGUCGACGCUUCGGCAUGCUGGAUGGACGCCGUCACUGCGCGGGCUGCGGCGGCCUCUUCUGCAGCGCGUGUGCGGCGGCGCACCGCUCGAUGCCCGCGCAGCAGCGCUUCUGCGCGCACUGCCACGAUGCCAUCGACGGCUCCGGCUAUUUUGACGACCUUUCUGGUCUCGAUUCUUCCAGUACAAGCGGACAGAGUUGA